GCAGACGCCGGGGCGACAGGUCAGCGGCGCGCGCCGGUCACCAGCGGACGGCACUCUGACACUCUGCACCAGACGGCACUCUGACGGUCUGCGCCGAGACGGCACUCUGCGAGACACUCCGAGACAGUACCCGGCGGCGGGUGCUACUGCGGGAGCUCAGCGUCUCGAAAACAGAAACCAGGGUCGAAACUGAGCCAGAGUCACCGACAAGACACCGACUGGCGAAAGAACGAAGAAAUAGAAUACCCCGAAAGUCAGUUGAUUGAGAUUGAAAAAGAAGAAAUUAUCCAACUUUUUCUGGCGUCUGUACAUUACUAUUUUCUGUAUUUCUUUCACCUUUAAGCCGGUCACUUCAUUGCUCACUGACGAGCAUUCCGGUGUGUCAAUCGUGGGUGGCGUGAUCUACCUCAUCCUUUUCGCUGGGUCGUAGGUCACGGAUCUCGAGCCUACCUUCACGAUGUCACUGCUACCGCUGUUAUUGGUCGUGACUCUUCUGUCGGUCGUCACCGAAGGACAGCGGCCCGGCACCGCCAGCCAGACUUGUCCCCUGGUCGCGACCCGUGAGGGCACCGUGCGGGGCGUCGUGUCCCGCGGCGCCUCCGGCCGUCGUUUCUUCAGUUUCCUGGGUAUUCCGUACGCCCGGCCGCCGCUCGGUCCGCUCCGUUUUCAGCCACCUGAGCGCCACCCCGGCUGGAGUCAGACGAGAGACGCGGCGCGUUACGGCGCGCGCUGUCCUCAGUUUGACAUGUUCGACAACUCGACACGUCAGGGCUCUGAAGACUGCCUGUUCGUGAACGUCCACACGCCGCGUGUACCGGUCGAGAGCGGCGAGAAGCGUGCCGGUCUGCCUGUCAUGGUUUACAUCCACGGCGGGGGUUUCUACUUCGGCGCCGGAGAUAACGUCUACCUGGGGCCCGACUACCUGAUGGACGAAAACGUUGUUCUGGUCACCUUCAACUACCGGCUGAACGUGUUCGGCUUUUUCACGACGCACGACGCCGCCGCGCCGGGCAACUACGGCCUGCUGGACCAGGUAAUGCUGCUGCAGUGGGUGCGGGACAACAUUGGCGCGUUCGGUGGAGACCCCAGAUCGGUCACCAUCUUCGGCCAGUCGGCUGGAGGCGCGAGCGUCUCGCUGCUCAUGCUCAGCCCGCUCGCCACGGGGCUGUUCCACCGCGCCAUCACCCAGUCGGGCGCCGCCACUGCUCUGUUCGCGGUGAACGGACGUGACAAUGGUCUCGCCGCCCUUCUGGCCACCGAGCUCAACUGCACCGGCGCCACCCAGGCUGCCACGGUGGCGUGUCUGCGAGAGGUGAGCACUGACCAGCUGCUGGACGUGAUGGCCGCUCUACAGCUGGACAAGGACAGCUUCCACCCGCGGGUGGACAUCGAGUCGGAGCGGCCGCUGCUGCCGCAGGAUCCGCACCUCCUGCUGACCACUGGAGCGUUCAACCAAGUCCCGUGGCUGAACGGUCUCACCGAGACAGAGGGAGCGCUGUUCCUACCGGUGGUCUUACCUAACGACCAGUACGCUGGUGGUGUCAUGGCCGGCGUUCCACAGCUGUGGACGCUGUUCACCGGCCUGGACAGCAUUUUCCCGGCCAAGCGAGGCAUCCUGGACUGUGGCGCCGACCUGGCCGCCGAGACGGAUGGCGUGCUCGAGUUCUAUUCUGCUAAUGGCACGGCCGGGCCGCCGUUCGGAUCGCGCACAUUGGCCGAUGUCGUCAGCGACCGUGUGUUCGUCGUCGCCACCUCGGCGGAGAUUCAACUGGCCUCCGCGCAUACACCCGUCUACAAGUACGUCUUUGAUCACACCGGCGAAGGGCGACUCUCGUUCGCUGAGCUGGUCAACUGGACGGUGGUGGAGAACGUGCAGUGGCCGGUCCCUGAGCUGGGCACCACCCACUGUGACGACCUGCGCUAUCUGUUCAACGUGGUCGGUCAGCCCCUGGAGGCGCCCGGCUCGCCAGCACACACCAUCAUCCGCUUUAUGGUCACCCUGUGGACCACCUUCGCGCGCACGGGCCGGCCCAGCUCUGACGUUCUACCGAUGCCGGAGUGGCCGGCUUUCACGGAACAGAACCAACUGCACAUGAGGCUCAACUCUGCUCCAGCGCUGGGGGAGAGGCUGUUCGAGGAGCGAGUCAACUUCUGGCAGACUGUGCAGGUCAACGAGCCCUGGCGUCACCCGGUGCUGAAAGACUGUGAACAGGCGAAGGCGGAUGCGGCCCGCUGAGUUGCUACUCCCAUCGUCCGUAAUGUAUGGGGUUUCGUCAGUUGUCAUGGCAACCUCGCACGCACCCUAUACGCCUGUCAAUCUGAAGUACCGACAUCAUGAUUCGUCAGUCUAAGCGUCCCGCUCUUUACGGCAGUGUCAGUGAUCUGCUGCGGUCCUUAUUGCGACGUUUAGCGUUCCAUUAGCCUGAAUAUGUAAGAUACAUAUAGUUGGCUGCUACGCGUAAAACGUUUCCUUUUGUCCCGGGAGACGUCAAAGGAAUGCUGGCUGAUGUCCUUGUUUUGCAACUUCUGGUGCCGUGUGCUGUGUUUCUCGCGGGACAGUGGUUGUUGUUUGGUAGAUGCGGUACGCUACUUUUUGUUCGCUUGGACAUUGUGUAUUGGUACGGUUCGCUGUUUGUUGAUAUAUUUAGUAUCUACGGGUGUUAUUCGUCGCUCUAUUGCUGCCAGAUUAUACCUAUUAAGCGUUGUCAUUCCCAGACCCUUUCAUCAGCUACUUUUGACUAGGUGAUGCAUGUAACGACCUACGCACGAAUUGGAAAAAUGAACGUGGAUACUGAAUACAUACUUUGAGCUUCAA